GUCCGAUUCAGUCUGUUACUCGAAGUCGUGCCGUUUGGAUGUGAGAUUGUGGAGUUCAGGAUAAGGUUGAAACGUGCAGUGUUGUGUUCAAGUGUGACGUUAUAAAAAAAAAGUUCUGCUCCAUACCAACAGUGAUUAGGUGCGCGGCAUAUCCGUUAUUAAAAAGUGGGUUUUCAUACAUUUUUUGUGUUCACACCGUUGCAAUACCUUGCGCACGAGGCCCAGCGGGACCGGUGGCAGUAGCACACGUAACAGGAGAAACCAGCAGCGGAAGUGUGGGGAUCUAGAGAAUGACUACAGGUGGUAAAGGAUGGCUAACAUGUCGCCAAGUACUGAACAUCAUGGUGAUCUUCGGAUUCAUGUUGAACUACGCCCUGCGGGUGAACUUCACCAUCGCGAUCGUGGUGAUGGCGAAAAGCCUAAAAAAUUUCACGCUCGGUGGAGGUGACGAAUUCGAGAACGCCACAACCCUGGCACUGUCCAGCAGCGUAUCAACAACGACCGAACAGAGUGUGAUCGCGGAGGAAGAUAAAUUCGAGUGGGAUGCCUACCAGCAGAAUCUGAUGCUCGGCAGUUUCUUCUGGGGCUAUGUGCUGACGGAAUUGCCCGGUGGUCGGCUGGCGGAGGUCGUUGGAGGACGGCGCGUCUUCGGAUACAGCAUGUUGUUCGCUAGUGUAUUGACUUUGCUUACCCCUUUAGCUGCUUAUACCAAUUACAUUGCCGUUGUUAUAUUGCGAGCUGUUCUAGGCUUCUUCUUGGGUGCAUCCUGGCCAGCGAUUCACCCAUUGACCGCGGUCUGGAUUCCACCGAUGGAUCGGUCCAAGUUCAUCGCGAACAUGAUGGCUUCCUCGCUUGGUGCUGCCAUAACGAUGCCAAUUUGCGGCUACUUGAUUGCUACCAUUGGCUGGCAGUCGGUAUUCUACUUCACUGGUGGCUUAGCCUUGCUGUGGUCCAUUUGUUGGUUCCUGGUCGUAUUCGAAACUCCUGCCGAUCACCCACGUAUUUCAGCUGAGGAACGCAAUGAAAUUGAAAGUGCCAUCGGUGCUGGAGUGAAAGCCAAGAAACCGACAUACGUGCCCUGGAAAUCUAUUCUCACUUCGCCACCGGUUUGGGCUAUCAUUUUAACUCACGGAGCUUCUGUGUUCGGUUUCUUCACCGUUGUAAACCAAUUGCCAACGUACAUGAAGUAUAUCCUGAACUUCAACAUCAAGGAGAAUGGACUGCUCUCUUCUCUGCCCUACUUUGGCAAGUAUGCGAUGGCAGUGCUUUCUUCUCAUCUCGCCGAUAGUCUGCGUAAGAAGGGGACACUAUCGACUACUGCAACUCGCAAGAUCUUUACCGCUUUCGCUGUCAUGACUCCUGGAUUCCUAAUGAUCGUUCAAGUGUACAUGGGUGAAAGUCGCAGCUGGGCUGUUGGUAUCUUCACAUUGGCGCUGUUCUUGAACGGAGCCGUCACGGCAGGCUACUUAGGCAACGGUCUGGACAUUGCACCAAACUUCUCCGGCACCAUCUUCGGUAUGGCCAACACGCUAUCAUCGUUCGGUGGUUUUGUGUCCGCCUACAUGGUUGGCGUCCUUACCAAUGACAAUCAAACCUACGGCCAGUGGCAGAUUGUGUUCUGGAUCCUGGCCAUCAUCUACAUCGUUGGCUCUUCGGCGUACCUCCUCAUGGGUACCGGCGAGCUACAGCCCUGGAACAACCCACCGGAGAUCGGCUCGAGCCACGAGACCGAGGAGGGAGUGCCACUGAAUCAGCAGAACCAAAACAACAAACCAAUCUCAUCCUAAGAAGUGCACUUGCGAAGUAGCUGCUGGUAGCUGGAUAGGAACAAAAUCUCUGAUUUCAAACAGAGUUGUAGCAUUCGGGUAUACGGAAUAACGGACUACUUAGACUCGGUACUUACUCCUCUGAGAAACACAAUCGUGCGAUCGGAUCGGGUUUGCGCAAUGUUCUGAUUUUUAACGUGUUUUCAUUGUAACACAGCUAGGAGUGAUUGUCUUGAUAAGUGUUUUCUCGAGCGCGAGUGUUUAUUAUGUUUUAGAUGAAAACUACUUAAAUAGAUUUCAGAAUGAAAGUAAAUAGGACCGUGUCUGAUUUGCUGUAGCAUUUAAUAAUUUAUUUUUUAAGAAAGUAACAAAAAGCAAAUCGAGGUAGUGUGUAAAUUCAACUACUGCAAAACAAAUACAUACAAACAAACAAAACAAGGUUUAAGUAGCGAACACAAUUUAGGAACAGAUAAAUCUAUGACACAAAAGUAUGUACGGACUAGUUUGUGCUUUAUUUACACGGAGAAGAGUGCUCAGAUUACGGUUUAGUUUGUUUUUAUCACACAAGUAAUCAUCCAAACAUACGUAUGUCCGAAUCUGGGACACUGUUGUCGAUUAGGAUUAAUGUAGCAGAAAAACGUUCGAAGCAUGUGCCUUGAAUUGGCUAACAAAAAAAAAAACGGGACGAGCAUCUUGAAAAUUGCCAAAUCAUCCACGAUCCAUGAUCUGAAGCGGAAUAUCUAUUUGACGCUAUUGAUAAAGCCAAGUGUACUUUGAAACAUAUUUUUACAAGAUAGUAGAAAGAAAUAUAUAUACUCUUAGGAAAGAAACGUAAACCCAAGUGUCGGAAAUGAUACAGUGUAUUUUUAUUCACCGUACACCGUGUCAGUGGUGAAAGACCCAAAAUAGCUCCAUUCUAUUUUUCGAAUAAAUGUUGAACAACGAG